CAGAAAAACUAUCGUAAUAUUACUGUAUUAUUGAAGGAAUCGCACUGAAUCCCCUUGCUGGUGUCAUAAUUACCUAACACAGUUAAGUAGCAUGCUAGCUUUGUGCUCAGAUGACCUUUAAGCUUUAAAAAGCCACAAUGACCUUCCUGAGAACAAAACUGACCACACUGCAAACUAGCCCCAGGUUGUGCUUCUCCCCUCACCAUCGCUUUGAGAGUUUGGAAACACCGAAGCAGCUGUGUUUGUGAAAGAUAAAGACUGGCCAAACUUUGAAGAACCCCUUGAUGUGGCCAUUUAACAAAACAUACCUCAGUCGCCAAAACCCGAUGAUUGUGCGCCAGUGUACUUGUAGAGGCAUAAUAAACUCUCACCUGUAUGCCCACCUGAAAAGGCCCCGGGGCAGCCAAGACAUGGCCAGACCCAGUUCAGACCUGGCAGCCUUCAGGGAGAUUUUCUCCAAGGCCAAAGAUAUAGCCAUCAUCACCGGAGCAGGGGUGAGUGCAGAGAGUGGAGUCCCCACCUUCAGAGGAGCAGGAGGCUACUGGAGAAAAUGGCAAGCACAGAAACUUGCCACCCCAGAGGCCUUUUCCAGGAAUCCCUCCCGUGUUUGGGAGUUUUACCAUUACCGCCGCGAGGUCAUGCUCACAAAAAAUCCCAACCCCGCCCACCUGGCCAUUGCUGAGUGCGAGGAGCGACUGAGCAAACAGGGACGUAAGGUGACAGUCGUCACUCAAAAUAUCGACGAGCUCCACCGCCGCGCCGGAUCCAAAAACAUCCUGGAAAUCCACGGAAGUCUGUUUAAAACACGCUGUAUGAGCUGUGGUCAUGAAGCAGCCAAUUACGAGAGCCCCAUCUGUGCCGCUCUGGAGGGCAAAGGAGCUCCAGACCCCGACACAAAUGACGCCCAGAUCCCUGUUCUGCAGCUGCCAAGGUGUGAGCAGAAAGGCUGUCACGGUCUCCUGAGACCAGCUGUGGUUUGGUUUGGAGAGACUCUGGACUCAGACAUCCUCACCUGUGCAGAGAAAGUGUUGGACAGCUGUGACCUCUGCCUAGUGGUUGGCACUUCAUCCAUUGUGUAUCCAGCAGCCAUGUUUGCUCCUCAGGUGGCAGCCAGAGGAGUCCCUGUGGCUGAAUUCAACAUGGAAAGCACACCGGCCACCAUGCGCUUCAAGUUCCACUUCCAUGGCCCCUGUGGGACCACGUUACCCCCCGCGCUGGCACGCCACGAGACUGAACAAUGAGUCCUGAGUUAAAAAUGAGUCGUGGACAUCAGCUGUACACAGACCAGACUGUCUAACACUUGAAGCCCCUAUGUGACAAAUUUUUAUGUGAUUAUAGCAUCUUUCAAAUUAAUUUGGUGGCAUAAGUCUUUGUAGAAACACCAAAUUUAAGUUAGAAUUGUGUUUAUAAAAUGUAAUGUUGAAAAAGACAGUGACGCAAAUAAAUAGCAUUGACUACGGAUGAAAUAUGGUCACAUGUAGGGGCUUCAUCACUCCUUGUGCAUUUAAUUAAUAUUGAAUGUCUGACAGUAGGGGGCAGUGUUUAGCUGCUGCUGUGUAGGCUACUACACCUCCAGUUACAAGAAAAAAACCCUGACUCCUUCCAGAGGAUCUGUGGGCUCUGCCUGGGAUAUGUGGUGUGUGUGUGUGUGUGUGUGUGUGUCAAUUGAGUGUUGUCUGAAUUUAUGGACAAUGAUGAAAACUGUAUCUGGUGGCCAUGAGUAAGCUCCAGUUAAACCAGGGAAACCAGUGACUGCAUUCACUCAGCCAGGUGAAAGAUUUGUUACAUGUAUGUUUGAUAAGAUUUGGACAUGAUUGAAACAGCAUAUUCAUAUGAAAUGAAGUCCACUGAAAUAAAUCCAUGCACUCAUAAACUGAA